AUGGAUCCUCAGAAUCAACCAACGCAGUCGCAGCAGAACCGCGCUGCUCCAGUCUAUGAUCCCAGCCAGGGCGGCCACUAUGGCGCCUGCGCGGCCCUAGCUUCUCAAGGCUUCGCCCCGGCUGAGCUCUACACCGGCCCGUGGGCUAAUGUUCAUCAAGGCCUGACUGGCCAGUACAAGGACAUCCUCACCACCUACUGGCAACAGACCAUUACUCACCUGGAGAGUGAGACGCAUGAUUACAAGCUUCACCAGCUACCUCUUGCCCGCAUUAAGAAGGUCAUGAAAGCCGACCCCGAAGUUAAGAUGAUUUCGGCGGAAGCCCCCAUCCUGUUCGCCAAAGGCUGCGAUAUCUUCAUUACUGAGCUCACGAUGCGCGCCUGGAUACACGCAGAAGAGAACAAGCGGCGGACGUUGCAGCGGUCUGACAUCGCCUCGGCCCUUGCCAAGUCCGACAUGUUUGACUUCUUGAUUGACAUUGUUCCCCGGGAAGAGGCAUCUUCGCAUGCUAAGAGAACUACCGCCCAGCCGGCGACGGCCGCGCAAGCCGUGCCGGCGCCUCCUGGCCAAGGUCAGAUGCCCGGACAACACACUGGCAUGGCCCAGCCGGCAAACCAUGCCUCGCACCCGAUGGCUCCCGCGGACUACAUGGGUGGGCAUCACAUGCCCACAGAGCAGGAUUACCGACAGAACCCCAGCAUGUAUCCCGGCCAGGUCCCCCAACCUCCUGCUGCUCCGUACGGCCAGGCACAAGCCCCCCCAUCUAUGUAUGGAGAGAUGGAGGGCAUGUAUCCCUACUCAGCAAUGCAGCCCCAGCAGGCGCCCAUGUCUUCUGAGGAGUUCGAAUGA